GAAAUAUCCAACGGCAAGAUCGAAAAGCGCCAUGGUCCUCGGACGUACUAGUAUGGUGCAGCACUUUCGCGCCCGCGUGAAGCUCCCUCCCUCUGCAGCCCCGCACUUCCUUCCUCGAUCUGCCAAGGCGGAGACAUCUCACCCUCGUAGGGUGUCCGUGACGCGAGCCGCGGGAAUGGUGGCGGUCAUGGGUCUGCUUUACGACCAGGCCACCCUCAUGCACCCUCCACCGUUGACGCUGGACCGCAAGACGACGCGGCUUGUGCCCGUACAAAUGCGAAAGCGAACGUCCAAGUCGGACUCUCCGCUGCUCGUGAGUUCGUCCGCCGUGCGGGGAGACCGGCCGACGAUGGAAGACGCGCUGUUUAUCGCACCCAACCAGCGCUUCACGGCCGUGUUCGACGGCCACGGCGGCGCCAACGUGUCGUCGUACCUGAAGGAAACCCUCUACGACCAUAUCGUGGCGAAUCUGGGCCCCCACAAGGACACCUGGAGUCUGGACGAGAUCGAGUCGAGUUUGCGCGAUGCGUUUCGAGCUGUGGACGCCGCCAUCCUCAAACGACGGGAGUGGAUCACACAGGGCUCGACGGCAACCGCGGUGCUGCUCGUGGACGACUUGAUAUGGAGCAUGAACGUCGGCGACUCGCGCGCGGUACUGUGCCGCCAUGGACGCGCACUCAACCUGACGAGGGACCACAAGCCCAAUGAUCCCAUGGAGCGGUUGCGAGUGGAAGGGGCGGGCGGGCGGGUCCACUGGCACGGCCUUCGCGACCCCCGCGGCCACCCGAUCGCCGACAUGGGCGCGUACCGGAUCAAUUCCAACUUGGCGGUCGCUCGGGCUUUGGGCGAUGGAGACCAACGCCCGUAUGUGUCGGGCGAGAUGGAGCUCAAGUGUUUUCGACGGGAUCCAAGUGACAAGUUUAUUGUCGUGGCUUCGGAUGGGCUGUGGGAUGUAUUCACCAGUGCCGAGGUAGUACUGUAUUUUACUAGCGAAAGUAUGCUCUUGUACGUAUAGUGGGACGAUUUCGUCAACUAAAAUGACUUGAUUGAUAAAUAUAUAUAUAUGAUUAAAUAGGUGGUGACGUUUGUGCACAAUGUGUUGGCGGGGGAAGUGGGGUCGUGGCGACAAAAGUAUACGACCGACACGAUGGAAGUGGCGAAGAGGAAGGCCAAGAUGGCGACUUAUUUGACGCAGGAAGCGUUGAACAGAGGCACAGUCGACAAUGUGGCAGUGGUUGUGAUAUGGCUGGAUCAAGUCAAGUAAUACAAGCUACAUUUGGAUCGUGCAGGUAUUAUUAAUAUAUUUGGCAGCAAUGCCAAUCCGAUGCUUUCGA